GUGUUGGGUUCCAUGUCUAAUAUGUGUUGUGUUCCAUGUCUAAUAUGUGUUGCGUUCCAUGUCUGAUAUGUGUUGCGUUCCAUGUCUAAUAUGUGUUGUGUUCCAUGUCUGAUAUGUGUUGGGUUCCAUGUCUAAUAUGUGUUGUGUUCCAUGUCUAAUAUGUGUUGGGUUCCAUGUCUAAUAUGUGUUGGGUUCCAUGUCUAAUAUGUGUUGGGUUCCAUGUCUAAUAUGUGUUGUGUUCCAUGUCUAAUAUGUGUUGGGUUCCAUGUCUGAUAUGUUUUGCGUUCCAUGUCUAAUAUGUGUUGUAUAAAUACAUCUUGAUUUGAUUUCGUGCUGAAAAAGCCAACUCUUAUUUUUUGGCCGAUGACUAUAGGAGUUGGAUAGAAAACCCAAACACGGAGACCAGGUUAACGAACCUUAACCCUCACAGUGACAUCACGUAGCUUAGACCUCAGACAUGCUUAAACCUCCUGUUUGUCCUCAAUCCCAAUAAUGUAUCCUCUCUGUGUGUAGCUGGAGGACCCUGCUAUCCGCUGGCAGAUGGCUCUGUAUAAGGACCUUCCUAACAGGAGCGAGGACACGUCAGACCCGGAGAAGACUGUAGAGAGAGUCUUGGACAUCGCUCACGUCCUCUUCUAUCUAGACCAGGUGGAACAUCCACAAAGGAGCAAGAAGGCUGUGUGGCACAAGCUGCUCUCUAAACAGAGGAAGAGGGCUGUAGUGGCCUGUUUCAGAAUGGCUCCCCUGUAUAACCUACCCAGGCACCGGGCGGUCAACCUGUUUCUACAGGGAUAUGAGAAGUCCUGGAUUGAGACUGAGGAGCACUACUUUGAGGAUAAGCUCAUAGAGGACCUGGCUAGACCUGGAGGAGAGGAGCCUCCUGAAGAAGAUGAGGGAGCCAAGAGGAUCGACCCUCUUCAUCAGCUCAUACAGUUAUUCAGUAGGACGGCCCUGACUGAGAAGUGUAAGCUGGAAGAGGACAUUCUCUACAUGGCCUAUGCUGACAUUAUGGCUAAGAGCUGUCAUGAUGAAGAGGAUGAGGAUGGAGAGGAGGUGAAGACUUUUGAAGAAAAAGAGAUGGAGAAACAGAAGCUGCUAUAUCAGCAGGCCAGGUUACACGACCGAGGUGCUGCAGAGAUGGUGCUGCAGACUAUCAGCGCCAGCAAAGGUGAGAUGGGUCCCAUGGUGGCCUCUACUCUGAAGCUGGGGAUAGCUGUCCUCAAUGGAGGCAACUCGACUGUUCAGCAGAAAAUGCUGGACUACCUGAAAGACAAGAAGGACGUGGGCUUCUUCCAAAGUCUGGCUGGUCUGAUGCAGUCGUGCAGUGUUCUGGACCUGAAUGCGUUUGAGCGCCAGAAUAAAGCAGAGGGACUGGGCAUGGUGACAGAGGAGGGAUCAGUCAUCACUCAUGAGCGUG